CAGAGCAAGAUCAGAUAGCACAUCUACCAAGAAAGUGAGAGACUGUUGACUGCAUAUGACUCUAAAAUAAGCUUUGAGGAAUCGAUUUUUUGAUUGGAUCGGACCCCACGGCUCACGUGAGCCACACACACAUUUAAUUUGGGAUCGCUGUGAUCAAGACGUCGAGGGUCAAAACAAGGCUUCACUGCUGUACUGAAGUCAUUUUCUGACUCUAGUGUGUUUCUGAUCGACUGGAUAUCUAAGGAGGAGUAACUUUUGGAGGACUUGAUUGUGUGUGAUUGUUAUGCUCUCCUUGCUGAGGGGGGAAAGAGACGUGUUUAAACUCGGAGGCAAAGACAUGAAGGUGCACUGGGGACGCUUACUUUUCUGCCUCAGGAGGAAAGAGUGGUUCUACCCAUAAGAGGAGAGAGGAGCCAUCAGAAGCACCGAAGAGCACAAGAAGAGAAAGAUGCAUAAGAGAAAUUAAAGGAAGCCUGAGGAGAAAUAUUAGCAGUUAGCAGUUUGGCUAAAAAACUGGGAGAUCUCAAAGGAAGCAAAAGUUGGGAGCCCUUGCACACGAGACCACUUCUUCAGUUCCUCACGUCUCAAUUCCAGUUGUUACUGAGGCUGUUUGUGGACAGAGCUGUAAACCUUCCCAUGAGCCGGGUCAGUUUUGUGUGAGCCAGGCUGUUUGAAGCCGCGUGGCUGUGCCCCUCCGAGGCAUGAGUGUGGGAAGGGCACACCACCACCACCACCACAGCUUCCCGUCCUGUGAAGAAGAAGGCCUGAGACUCAGCGCCAUGCCCGCUGUCGGCAGCUUCGGCAAUGGAAAGAUUCACACCAGACGUAAAUACCACAGCCGGUUUGUCGGCAAGACUGGUCAAUGCAACGUCCAUUUCUCCAACAUGGACGAGAAGUCGCAGCGGUACAUAUCUGACAUUUUUACCACUUGUGUGGACAUCCGCUGGAGAUACAUGUUCCUUCUGUUUAGCCUGGCAUUUGUGGUGUCCUGGCUCACCUUUGGCCUGGCAUACUGGGUAAUCGGGCUCCUCCAUGGCGACAUGGACCAUCCAGCAGGGGACGACGGUUUUGUCCCGUGCGUCACUGAGGUCAGAACCUUCGUGGCGGCGUUCCUGUUCUCCAUUGAGACCCAGACGACCAUCGGUUACGGCGCUCGCUGUGUGACGGAAGAAUGCCCGGCGGCCGUCUUCAUGGUGGUCUUUCAGUCCAUCAUGGGCUGCAUCAUCGACGCCUUCAUGAUCGGUGCAAUCAUGGCCAAGAUGGCGAGGCCCAAAAAGCGAGCGGAGACUCUACUGUUUAGUCACAACGCCGUCAUCGCUUUGCGUGACGGCAAACUGUGCCUCAUGUUCAGGGUUGCUAAUUUAAGGAAGAGCCAUAUAGUAGAAGCUCACGUUCGAGCCCAGCUGGUCAAACCUCGCUUCACAGAGGAAGGCGAGUACAUCCCCCUGGAUCAGAUGGACAUGAACGUAGGCUACGACAAAGGCACCGACCGCCUCUUUCUGGUUGCUCCUCUCACCGUCAUACAUGAGAUCGAUGAAGAGAGUCCGCUGUUCGGCAUCAGUAAGCAAGAUCUGGAAACGUCAGACUUUGAAAUAGUCAUCAUACUCGAAGGGUUGGUUGAGGCCACGGCGAUGACGACGCAGGCGCGCAGCUCGUACCUGGCCUCAGAGAUCCUGUGGGGUCACCGCUUUGAGCCGGUCAUCUUUGAGGAGAAGAGCCAGUACAGGAUAGACUACGCCUACUUUCACAAAACAUUCGAGGUACCAUCCACCCCCAGAUGCAGCGCCAAGGACAUGGAGGAGAGAAAAUUCUUAACAUCUGGUGCCAACUCUUUCUGCUACGAGAAUGAGCUGGCCUUCAUCAGCAGGGACGAGGAGGAGGAGGAGGGGGAGGCAGGGAAAGACAGGAAGUGUUCGUCAGAUUUAGUGAAUGAGCAGGCUACUUCCGGGCGAGAUCCAAAGUCCUCCCCGAAAGAAUCAGAGAUUUAAAAGAAAAAGGGUUUUGGUUUUGUUUGUUUUUGGAUGCAGUGAAGCAUCAUGGGACGAACCCUAUGACUGUCACUUCUUCUGACAUGAGGAUACCACUAAUGACAUUGAUGACAAGGAUUUCCAUCAUACAAGCAAACUUUAAAGUCGAACGUUUCUCAUCGGAUUAACUUUUUAUCUUCCUGAGAGGCUCACAAAGAUUUACCAAACGCAAACACAACUGUAUUGUUUAAAUUAGCUGACGGCCGUAGUCAUACAGUGCAUGUCAUUAGCAUAGCUUUGUAUGAAUAUUUUGGGAAAUGUUUCAUAAUAGUUUGGUGAGAAUAUCUGUAGGUGCUGUUAACCUUCCUCAAAUACACUUUAUAAACCUGAGUGUGGAGUGAUGAAACAUUAACGAAAAACAGACCUAUUCCUCCAGACUCGUGUGGUAAACACAGAGAUGUGGAUCAACACUGGAUUUUCAACUUCAUGAUUUAUGUGAACAAUAGGACUCUGAAUAAUAUAUAUUAUAUGUAAUUGGAGGACUUGUUAGUGGGUGUAAAUAAACGUGUGUAUGGGCUGCAUGUAACAGCGGGAGACUCAAGAGAAAGAGACUUCAAAACAGGAAAAAAAAAAGCUUAACGGUCCGUGAUGUGUUAUUAUGCCGCUAAGCCUUUAAUCAGGUCGAACUAUACGUCUCUGUCUUUAACUUUCAGCCAGCAGGGAGCCACUGACAGAUUGGCCGAUGUAACGACCUAAUGAGCAUUUGCUCGUUUUUGCUUCUGGCUUUACUGUUACUUCACCUUUCUAUGCUCUCCCAUGUAACACAUGCAGUUAGCUAUGAUAACAGAGGGAAGGGUUUGCACUGGAAACCUGUUUAUGUUACUGAAACAACAGGUCUUUGAUCUCAGGAAGAAGUAGACUAAAGCAGGUUUAUCAUUUGGAUCUGUCAACAGAUUUCAUCAACCGAUCUCACAAGCCACCAACUUUAGCUUUUUCAAAUAUGCACCCCCGGAAAUUUCUAGACAAUUUUCGGAGGACGGCUCCUGAAAUCCUCCUGAUCUUGUUGUUCACACAUACACCUCGCAGCGGGACACUCUCCCUGUCAGAAGGGGGGGGGGGGGUCUCCUGGGGCAUGACAUGACAUAAAUAGAACAAUGUUGAAGUAAGGGACGAAGCAACAGAGUCCUCUAUACGACGCUAUAAUGUUGAAUAUUUGUCUCUUUAUCAAUGAUCUGUGUAGAGUGGAGAAGAAAAUACUGGAGAACAUAAUGCAGCAGUUUCAUUACAUGCACGAAGAUCGUAGUGGUCACAAGCAGACAGUCCAUGGUCGUGUGGUUAUUGUGGUAAUGUCAUCACCGACCCCUCCCACUUGCUCGAGGUGAAUUCUCCUGAUUAUAUCCUGCUGCGUUCUCAUCACUCGGAUUUUCUGCUUAAAUAUACUAGGGUGCUGGGGCGCUGGUGGCGCAGUGGUUAGUGCGCGCGCCACAUGUAUGGAGCCUGUCGUCUCAAGCGGGCGGCCCGGGUUCGCUUCCCACCUGUGGCCUCUUUCCCGCAUGUCGUUCCAGACUCUCUCUCUCCCUGAUUUCCGACUCUAUCCACUGUCCUCUCUGUCCAUUAAAGGCACAACAAGCCCAAAAAUAAAUCUUUAAAUAUACUAGGGUGCUGGCAGGAGAAACUUUGGACAAAGUCAGGGAGAAAAUGUGGCCGUUUGCACUCAGACAUGGAGCUCCUCCUCAAAACUUCAGGAGUUUUGUGCAAGCAUGAAUAAGGCUAUACAAGCGUAUUGUUCCAACACUAUAGCUCACUUUUUAUCGUUUGAAACACACUCUUUUCAAAGUAAGAAAAGGGUCUUACAUAAGCACUUGGACACAUCAUGAUGUCCUGUCUUAAAGACUGAAGCCAAAACAUGAUUCAGAUUUAAAUCCUUUUUAUAUUCAUCAUUAUAAUUUCUCAAGAGAUAUUAUAGAAACAGCCGUCCAGCUGGCCCUGGAGUAGUCGUCAUCACUAUCACGUGUUUCUGCACACAUGCACAGCUUGUAGGUGUGCAUCCUAGUUUCUCUCUGACCUGCUCAUGGAUCACACAUGAGUGAAUUAAUUCUUAUGAGAAGUCAAACAUAGUCGCACAGACCUCUAAAAACAUAGGUUAUAUGCCCUCAAUGGUGGUUCUAAUAAUGAAUACAUGAUGUAUGUCAUAUAACAGCUGAUGUUGACUUUCUAUUGGCCGGUGCCGUUAUCCUCUUUUCUUUGUUUUAAUAGGGCAGGUACAGGAGAUAUUAGGUCACACUGAGCACCACAGCUUCACUUAUCUCAGGUGAGAUGAAUUAUUUCCCCCUCCCCGCUCCUCUAACUAAAGCUCCAUGUGGGUUAACUCGUUCACCAGACUGCGACUUCAGCAGAGCUCAACACGUUUGUAUUUAUAUCCUGCUGACUUGUGCUGAAAACAUCAGAAUGGAGGUUACUCUAGAAAACAAAUGGUCGUUCCUCUGAGCUAGUGCAAAGAUCUUCAGCAUGUCUUAUUUGUACAUUUAUCACGACGAUAUUGUAAAUAUAUCUAUCUUAAUUUUGGGGCUUAAAGGUCAUCUCAGCUGUUAGAGGCUAAGCAGUAAUAGAUUAUUUAAAAUAUCAGUGUUAAUAUCAUACGUUUCUCGAGCAAAGCAGGAACCUGUUUGUUUUUUUCUUUCUGGACUGAUCUCUUCUUGUCUUCCACUAAAUGCAGUUGAAGCAAUCUGAACUCUGAGUGGCACCUUGUUUUCUCCUCACAGGGUUUUUGUUUGUCUCACAGGACGAUAAUUUGUUGAAUUGACAGACAAAUAAAGCUUGUUGAUACCUUAAUAAAAUCUACCACACAAAGCCAACAGUUUUCUUUUUUUUCUC